UUGCUGAUGUACCACCACUUUCAAAAGAAAAACUACAAGAUAUUGAGGAUCCACUCGAUUAUUUGUACAAAUACUGCAUAAUACAUCCAGAUCGUAUGGCUGUUUAUGAACGAGUAUUUUUGAAUACAAUUAAAAAACAAAAGCCUUUGUUUGAAGGCAUGAAUCCACCAGAACAUACCGUUAAAUUGAUUAAUACGAAACGAGGAGGUGAAGGAUGGAGUAAUGUAGGUGGUGGAAAUUAUGUAAAUGAUCCAAAACAGUAUCAUGCACUUGACUCAAGCGAUGAUGAUGAUGAUGACAAACCAAUUCAGUUAAUAUCAAAACAAGGUCAUAGUUAUGUGAAUUUCGAAAAAGAGAUGAAUGAUGGAAGUUAUGGUGAUGAAGUGAAACCAAUGAAUUCUGUUACAAGUCAAAAAUUACAAAAAAUUGACUUUAUUCUAAAUGAUUUAAAAGGCAAAGAAUAUGAAAUAAUUGCAAAUUUACAAACAACAAGUGAUGAUUUGACUAAGAUGACGGGUGGAAUUAUCAUGGAUAUGUAUCCUCAAACAUUAGAUCCAGAAUAUGAUCCAAAAAAGAAAAAGCAAAAGACAUCGGAGAAAACAAUUGGCGAAUUAAAAAGCUAUGGUGCUAUGUAUACCACUGAUCAAAUGUUAGAUCGUUUAAAUAAAAAUCAACGCCAAAUGGUUGAUGGACAAACAGAAAUAAAACAGUUGAAUGGACAAAUAAGUUGGAGUAAAAAUAAAUUAGUUCAAUUACGAAUGAGAAUUGAAAUGUUACUAGGUGAACGUGAAGGUUUGAUUGCUCGUGAUGCUGAAGAACACCAACAAGCUAUGUACAAAUAUAAACGUGUAGAAAAAUUUCGUCGACAACAAAGUCCAUUGUGGAAUGCAUUACAUCCAUCAAUUGAUUAUGAAAUGAAUGUUGAAGAAUUAGAAAAAGCAUUACGUCAAAUUAAUGGAAAUCUUAUUUCUGAGAAAGAAUGUCAAUAUAUUAAAUUUAUUUUGAAAAUACCUGGCGUAAAACGAGUAAAUUUAAAAUUGUUCAGUUUAAUUGCAGCAUUAUCAGAAAAAGUAACACAAAUCGAACCAUUUGUCCGAAAAUUAAUUAACAAAUUCGAUUUCGAAGCUCUUGAUAUCAAGAUGUUAAAAGCAAAGGAACUGUUUUAUUUAAUGGCUGAUAAAAGUCAAAAAUUGACACCAAAAGGCUAUGUUCCAAUUCAAUCAUUAUGCGUUGAACUUGCAGCAGGUGGCGUAGAACGCGAUAACAUUGAAAAUUGCAAAAAGAAAUUUGAUCGUGAAGGAAAAAAUUACGUAGACUUUUUAGAUUGGUUAACUUAUGUACCAUUAUUCGUCGAAAUACAUUCGCGUAUUUGUUCAAAUCCUUUUUUUCGUUACGAAGAUCCACUCAAAGCUCCACCCAAAGAAACAACAGACAAAUGA